AUAACCUUCCAGCCGCCGCUCCUCUAAUGCCUGUCAGCCCCAUCUUCAGACACUCCAACGACGACGGCCUCGCCAUCGCCAUCGCUGCCUCCGACAUGUCCCUCAACGACCACUCGCCCUUCCUCUCGGGCUUUGAUGCCUUUGACUCUGCCGACGCGAACAUGAUCUUCCAGUUCGACGACGCGGUCGCGUACGAGUCCAAGCAGCACAUGUCCUGGGAACCGACUCACGACUAUUCAUUGUCCUCGCCGUCCUUCCUCCCAGGCUCACCAGAGUCGACCUCCAGUCAAUUAGACCUGGGCGCUCCUCUACCUCAUUUGCCUCCGGGCGCUCAGACGUUCAGUAGCUUCGCGGAUGUUUCGCAGCACGCUCAGCAGGACUUUAGCUACUCGCAAUGGCUCCAGGACGACGCGACCUGCCAGCCGUCCUCGUCCUCGCCCAUCAACAUUCCCAUCUCCCACUCCCACUCGUCGACGUCGUCUCUCGCCGGCUUCAGCGACAGCUCCUCCAUCUUCCCCGAUGUCGGCCCAUUCUCCCCGACCACUGCCUAUGCUGCUUUGCAGCCUCUUCCCCGUUCGUUCUCUCCAGGAGAAGACGACUACGCGAACCAAGCUUUCCAGGCGCAGCCGGCACUGUCGACCUCGCCGUCGGAGCCUCCACUGACACCGCCGACAUGGGCUACCCAGCUCUGGACGCCGCCUUCCACCACCCAGCCCCUUCCAGCCACACCGAGCCUCGCUGUGCCCCAGACACCCGACGAGGAGGACGCUUUCGCGACGCAACGUCCCCGCAUGGCGAUGCGCAGGAGUUUCGCGCCGGUGUCCGAACUCUUCCCGUCCUCGAGCGCGCCCUCGAUGUCGCACAUGCGCCCCUCGAUGUCGCGCUCCUACAGCCGUCGCGCCGAGUCCACAAGCGAGCAUGAUGACGCCACCGUGCGCCGGAAGAAGCGCAGCUUGGUUUCAGGCGACGAAGAGCACCGGCCCACGGAGCGGACAGGCGAAGGCAAGGCCGGUGAUGCUCCGCAGAAGUCCCUUUUCCGACCACCGAAGCUCGCCCCGUCGGCCUGGCAGUUGUAUUUUACCGACUGGAUCCAGCGCCACCAGGCUACUAGCCCGAAGAAGCUCAACGUCGCGCAGGCUGCGAAAGAGGCUGGUCAGGAGUACGCCCGACUCUCGUCGGAAGAGAAAGAGCCCUACAGACGCCGCUCCCAGGCAGCCAAGGAGGCGCGUGAGCGCGAACACUCAGCCUACAUGCGCACGCUCACCCCGGAAGACAUCAAGCGCGAGAACGCGUUCCGGACUGCGCAGCGCAAGGCGGGCAAGUCACGCAAGGGGAACAUCAAGGACCCCAACGCCCCGAAGAAACCGCUCAGCGCGUACUUCAUGUUCCUGCAGCGCAUCCGGUCGGACGCCGCGCUCGUGCUAGAGGUCUUCGGCGACGAGACAGAGACGACUAAGCAGAGCGUCCUGGCUGCCGCCAAGUGGCGUUCGAUGACCGAUGAAGAGCGCAAGCCCUUCCUUGCUCAAGCCGAACAAGAGAAACUCGAGUACGAGGCCGCACGGAAGAUGUACGAAGAUGGCACGGUUGGCUCAUCAUCGAGCAUCAAUUUCAGCAUCUUGCCCAAUAAUCCGAUCAACUCUAUCGUCUUCCCAUCUUCGAGCUUCUUGCGACCUGUGAAGCAGGAGGCAGCCAGCUCUGAGAGCGAAGGUGAAGACGUCACCGCGGAAUCCGGCGAGUUGGCCCGCCGGCGAGCACACUCUCACGCGUAAGCGUCGGUGUCUCGCGACCUUCAGCACGUUUCUCCGCUUCUUUGCUGCGUGUUUGCAUAUGAUUACUUCUUCCUGCUCGUCGACCGUUAUGAAACAGAUGAUGCUUCCCACCCAGGACAAUUUGCCAGGUUACUCUGCAUCGUCAAGGCUUUACCCCUCUGCUUGCUUCUUCUCUUUGCCAAUAGGCAACCCUUUAUGAAACGUCCCUCUGGACUUUGAAAACAUGUGUAUUGCAUAUACCACCGCUCCAUCUCUGUAUUGUUAGCCGUCUUGUUCUUGUCGUACGUACGUCACGAGCCUCAUGACCCUCCCUCCGAGUCGUCUAGAUACACCUUCGUUUGUCUAUUCCCCGGGGUUAUACCAUAUACGCUGCCUCAGUCUAGUUUGAGUCGGCAGACCAUUAGCUGAUGUGGAGCACCGUCCUCGUCAAAUAGUCCGCCCUGUGCCUCGUAACCGAGCUUGGCGUAGAAUGGUCGGAUGUACAGCUGAGAGUGACAGCGUAUGACUGCCCCUGACUGUCCGGACGCUUUCGCGUCCUGUUGUAUCCACCCCUUGUGAGCUUCCACAAGCAUGCGCCCGAAUUUGUACUGGCGGUACUCUUUCAGCACCACGAGACGGCUCAGCUUGUAGUACCCGCUGUGCCUGGUCGCACGGAUCGUGCCUACGGGUGUGAGCGACGGUGUCAGUCUGAGGAGGAUGUGCGUCGCCGUCUCGUCGAGGUCGUCGAACUCGUCGUCGAGCGAGAAGCCCUGCUCGCGGUGGAAGACUUCG